AUGGCAGAGCCCUCCCACUCCCACGACCAUGACCACCCUACCAUCCCCCCCAAACCAGAAGAUGGCUGGAAGUCCGAAGGCGUCCGUGUCAUCCCUUCCGACUCCUUGGAUCACAAUACUGCCCAGACGCCUGGCAUGGACAGAGCAGCCGCAAUCAACUUUGCCCGCGUAGGCGCCCAGAAGCUGUGGGCGGGAACGGUGCAUAUCCACGCCAACGCGAAGACGGGGGCGCAUCAUCAUGGGCAUUUAGAAAGCGUCAUCUACGUCCUCAAAGGCCACGCCCGCAUGCGCUGGGGCGAGAGGCUCGAGUUCACCGCCGAAGCAGGGCCGGGCGACUUCAUCUACGUGCCUCCCUACGUUCCCCAUCAAGAAAUCAACGCCUCCCCCCACGAAAAACUCGAAUGCGUCCUCAUGCGCUCAGACUCCGAAGCCAUAGCCGUCAAUCUCCCGGAUGUGACACCCGUCGAAGCACCGGAAGAAGUCAAGUGGAUCGAUCCGACGCAUCCGACUUGA